UCAAAUAAAAUUCAUAAUAAAGAACAAAUUAAGGAAUGUUAAAGUAUUUAUAACACUUAAAUCACUAAGUAGGUACUUAGAUAAGACUUUUUCUACAAAAUAAAUUCUGUGUGAACAAAUAAAUAUGACAGUACAAGUGAAACAGUGGGAAAUAUUUGUUGGAAAAUGACGCACUUUACCGUACUGAUUUUGGUUCUCUUUGGCACCGGUUUAGGGGUCCCGUAUGGAGAUCCAAAUGGAAGAAUAUUUGGUGGAAACAAAACUAAUAUUGAAAACUACCCCUACGCUCUUCAGCUGUUCUAUUUGGACAAACUACAGUGCGGAGGUAUCUUAAUUUCCGACCGUUUCGCUCUCACCGCUGGUCAUUGCAUAGCCAGGUGGACCCUAGAUUAUUUUCUGAUCCGCGCUGGAACUACAACCCUCGGAGAAGGCGGCCAGACGUUCACUAUUUCAGAAGCCACUUUCCAUCCACAGUUCAACCUGAGCCAUAAUAACUACAACGCGGUUGUUCUUCGUCUCUCAGAGACCGUUUCAAUCUCUAGCGCUAAACCCAUACAAUUAGCUGUGGAUGAUAGUGCCAUUGCUCAGGGAGCGACAGUUCUUGUGGUAGGUUGGGGUUGGAUGGAAUCGAAUGGCGAUUAUCCCACGACUCUUCAAGUUACUGAUCUAACUAUUCUCGGUGACGAGGAGUGUAAAAAUUCCUACGAUACGCCGGUCAUCACAGAAGCCAUGUUCUGUGGGAACUAUUCGGGAACAAUAAUCAGAGAUUUUUGUUUGGGAGACUAUGGUGGUCCUGCUGUUGCAGACGGAAUUCUGCAGGGGAUCAUAUCUUUCGGCGAAGGCUGUGGUGAUGGUUACAAAGGCAAAGUAUUUGUAAAGAUUUCUAUCAUAAGAGAAUGGCUGCAGAAUAUUAUUCAGUCAAUUUAUUAAAUGAUGGGAUGGAACUUUUUUUAUUU